CCCACAGGUUGUUUUUUCCUCCUGAAGCCUGGACACCUGGUGAGCUGUAAAAAAAAAAGCCUGUCAGGAACCCCUGAGUGACACCAAGACCCAGCAGCUGCCAUGGGCUCCCCAGACAGAAAAGGCUUCCUUGAGUCUCAAGUUGAGUACCUCCAGGACACGUGGAGCACAGAGGCCCUGCAACACCUGCUGACUGAAGAGGAAGCCUGGAAACAGCUUGUGGCAGAAGCCGAUUUGUCCAGGGAAGAGGAAGUUUCCUUACGUGAAGCUCUUGGUGGGAUCAUUGCAGAUCCUGAUGUAGAAGAUGAACAUGAGCUCCCAAACGACCUGCAGGAGAAGAAAAGGUUUUUGGCAGUUUAUCCUCAGGUGAAACUGGAGCUUGAGCAGCAGAUCGGGAAGCUGCGCGCCCUUGCAGACAAGAUUGACAAGGUGCACAGGGACUGCACCAUCACACAAGUGGUGGCCGGCUCCACCAGUGCUGUGUCUGGAGUCCUGACCAUCCUUGGUCUCGCUCUGGCACCCGUGACAGCAGGACUCAGUCUGGGACUUUCAGCCACAGGCUUGGGACUGGGGGUGGGAGCAGCUAUGACUAGUGUGUCCACAACCAUUGUAGAAAAGGUCAGAACGGCCUCUGUGGAAGCUGAAGCUAGCCAGCUGAUGCCAACUAGCAAGGACCCAGGGAAGGUCAUUAAAGAAAUUUUGGAGAGCACCCCCAGGCUUCUUUUUGUAUCCAAGAAUUCCUUCCGGAACCUGGAAGUCAUCAAGAAGAACAUUGAUGCCAUCAAGCUGGCCAAAGCUAACACUCGACUAGCAUCUAAUGCCAAGCGUCUCAUGACGACAGGGAGGGUGUCAGCCCGAAACACUAGGCAGGUGCAGAAAGCCUUUGGAGGCACAGCUCUGGCAAUGUCCAAAGGAGCCCGGAUCAUGGGUGCAGCUACCGCAGGUCUCUUCCUGGUGCUGGAUGUGGUCAGCCUUGUGCAAGACUCAAAGCAUUUGUACGAGGGUUCGAAGACAGAGUCUGCUGCAAAGCUGCGGCAGCAGGCUCAGGACCUAGAGCAGAAGUUGCAGGAGCUCAUCCGGGUCCUUGACAGCCUGACAAAGUGACCUCUUCUUCAGUGCAGCUCAGAGGACUGGGGAUGGGGGUGCUCUAUACACCUGAUAGACCCUGUCUGUAUCCCCUCUACAGCAAUGUCACCAUGGUGGAAGUGCCUGCUAGAGCGGGAGGCCACAUUAAGAGAAAGGAAGCCAGAACACAGAUGGGACAGGCCUGGGACCUCCCAUAGACUCCACCUCUUAGAUCCAACAACUUCCCAACAUCCCACAUGAGGACCAAGCUCCCAAAAUGCGGAGCACAUCCAAGGCAUGACUAAGCUACAGCAUGGCUCCUCCUCAGUCAUGCCCACCACACUGCUCCUGGCUGAGGCUCACCAUCCUCACUGUCCCCUGAGCUGCCAACUUUCCCACUACUUUCUAAAUGUGUGCAUAGAAACCUUCUCCUCCUUCCUACUUCUGCCUAAUUAUCUGUUGUUUUUUUUUUCUAAGUAUUUCUCAAUCUUCCAAUCAGACUCUGGAUAUGAACCCCUGUUGUAGAAUAUUAUUUUAUGAUGUGUUACAUUUGUGUAUGCUGUGGAGCACUUAUUUAAUAAUGCCAAGAUGUGCUGCA